AUGGCCAACAUCUCAUUAGAAGAUGUCAAGAAUGAGAACGUUGACCUUGAGCGAAUCCCCGUCGAGGAAGUGUUCGAACAGCUGAAAUGCACGGAAGGGGGUUUGACAUCAGAGGAGGGCCAGAAGCGGCUGCAGAUCUUUGGCCCAAACAAGCUUGAGGAGAAAAAAGAAAACAAGAUCCUCAAGUUCCUGGGAUUUAUGUGGAAUCCUCUAUCGUGGGUCAUGGAGUGUGCUGCUAUCAUGGCCCUGGUUUUGGCUAAUGGAGGGGGCAAGCCAACGGACUGGCCGGACUUCGUCGGUAUUAUGGUGUUGUUGAUCAUCAACUCAACCAUCAGCUUCAUCGAAGAAAACAAUGCUGGUAAUGCCGCAGCAGCUCUGAUGGCUAGUCUAGCCCCCAAGACUAAGGUCUUGAGGGAUGGAAAGUGGGGAGAACAAGAGGCAGAAAUCCUGGUACCAGGAGAUGUGAUCAGCAUCAAGUUGGGAGAUAUCGUCCCAGCUGAUGCUCGUCUGCUGGAAGGAGAUCCUCUCAAGAUUGAUCAGGCUGCCCUCACCGGUGAGUCCCUGCCCGUUACCAAGAACCCAGGAGAUGAGGUAUUCUCUGGCUCUACUUGCAAACAGGGUGAGAUCGAAGCUGUUGUUAUCGCAACUGGUGUCCAUACCUUCUUUGGCAAGGCUGCCCACCUUGUGGAUAGCACCAACCAAGUUGGACACUUCCAAAAGGUGUUGACAUCCAUUGGUAACUUCUGUAUAUGCUCCAUUGCUGUGGGAAUGGCGAUUGAGAUCGUGGUGAUGUACCCAAUUCAGCACAGGGCAUACAGAGAUGGUAUUGACAAUCUGUUGGUGCUUCUGAUAGGAGGUAUCCCCAUUGCCAUGCCAACAGUCUUGUCCGUGACCAUGGCUAUUGGGUCUCACCGCCUGUCACAGCAAGGUGCCAUCACCAAGAGGAUGACAGCCAUUGAAGAGAUGGCAGGGAUGGAUGUCCUUUGCAGUGAUAAGACCGGUACCCUUACACUCAACAAGCUUUCAGUUGACAAGAGUCUGAUUGAGGUGUUUCCCAAGGACAUGGAUAAGGACACCGUGAUCUUGCUCUCUGCCAGGGCUUCCAGGGUUGAAAAUCAGGAUGCCAUUGAUGCUUCAAUUGUUGGGAUGUUGGGCGACCCCAAGGAGGCAAGAGCAGGAAUCACUGAGUUGCAUUUCCUGCCCUUCAAUCCUGUGGACAAGCGCACAGCAAUCACCUACGUUGAUAGCAAUGGCGACUGGCACCGGUGCAGCAAGGGUGCUCCUGAGCAAAUUAUUGACCUUUGCGAUCUCAAGGGCGAAAUGAAGAAGAAGGCCCAUGCUGUCAUUGAUAACUAUGCUGACCGUGGUCUUCGGUCAUUAGGAGUUGCUCGGCAGACAGUUUCAGAGAAGACCAAGGAGAGCGCUGGCGAUGCAUGGGAGUUUGUGGGACUAUUGCCUCUCUUUGACCCUCCAAGGCAUGACAGUGCUGAGACUAUCCGCCGGGCUCUGGAACUUGGUGUCAAUGUUAAGAUGAUCACCGGUGACCAACUUGCCAUUGGGAAAGAGACUGGUCGCAGGCUUGGCAUGGGCACUAACAUGUAUCCUUCAUCUACCCUUCUUGGCGAGAGCAAGGACGAGUCCAUUGCCUCCAUUCCUGUGGAUGAGCUCAUUGAAAAGGCCGAUGGAUUCGCUGGAGUCUUUCCUGAGCAUAAGUAUGAGAUUGUAAAGAAGCUUCAAGAGAGGAAGCACAUCUGUGGGAUGACUGGAGAUGGUGUGAAUGAUGCCCCAGCGCUGAAGAGGGCAGACAUUGGCAUUGCAGUGGCUGAUGCAACUGAUGCAGCUAGGAGUGCCUCGGACAUUGUUCUGACAGAGCCAGGACUGAGUGUGAUUGUGAGUGCAGUCUUGACAAGCAGGGCCAUCUUCCAGAGGAUGAAGAACUAUACAAUCUAUGCUGUUUCCAUCACAAUCCGAAUUGUGCUGGGAUUCAUGCUCGUUAAUCUCAUCUGGAAGUUUGAUUUCUCACCUUUCAUGGUCUUGGUCAUUGCUGUAUUGAAUGACGGGACUAUCAUGACCAUCUCUAAGGACAGAGUGAGGCCAUCCCCUCUCCCCGACUCAUGGAAGCUCAAGGAGAUCUUUGCCACUGGAGUUGUCCUUGGUACCUACAUGGCAAUCAUGACUGUGGUCUUCUUCUGGCUUGCAUAUAGCACCGACUUUUUCGCAAAAACCUUUGGCGUGCACCACAUUGGGGAAAACCCAAAACAACUUAACUCAGCUAUCUACCUACAAGUGAGCAUCAUCAGUCAAGCGCUCAUCUUUGUGACUCGAUCAAGGAGCUGGUCCUUUCUUGAACGCCCUGGUCUCAUGCUUGUCGGUGCCUUCCUUGCGGCACAGUUGGUGGCCACUCUCAUUGCUGUGUACUGUAGUUGGGGCUUUGCCAGAAUUGAAGGCAUUGGAUGGCGAUGGGCAGGUGUCAUCUGGGUCUAUAGCAUUAUCACCUACUUCCCUCUUGAUAUCUUCAAGUUCAUAAUCCGCUAUGCAUUGACUGGCAGGGCCUGGGAUAAUAUUGUCCGGAACAAGACUGCGUUCACAUCAAAAAAUGAUUAUGGCAAGGCUGAGAGGGAAGCACAAUGGGCCUCAGCUCAACGUUCACUUCACGGACUCCAGCCUCCAGAAGCGUUGUUUCCUGGAAACCACGGGGAGCAGUCUGAGCUAGCUGAGCAGGCCAAGAGGCGUGCAGAAGUCGCAAGGCUGAGGGAACUCCAUACAUUAAAGGGGCACGUUGAGUCAGUGGUUCAGCUGAAGGGACUGGACAUUGACACCAUCCAACAACACUACACUGUAUAG